AAUUACGACAUGGCGCUAUUUUACCUUUAAAAUAUGUCGGAAACAAAUUACGUCAUCGUGUUAGAUCAGCAGAAGCUUUUGAUGUGCUUGGUUAAUUUUAUCAGUAAGCGCAUUAGAAGUCCACAAGGCGGUCUGCCGAUUGGAUGCGUGCAUUUGUUCUCAAAGCGAUCCCAAAAAAAAAAAAGAAAAUGAAUACUGGCGAUGAAUCUUUAUCAAAAUCAGAGGAACCAAAACGUAUCGGUGAUGGCUAUAUAAUAGAUUUGGAUAGCAUUUUUAUGGAAAUGGCUGAUCUAGUUUCAAAAUACAGCAAUGAUUCUAAAUGUAAAGUUGGAGCUUGUAUAGUCAGAGAAGAUAAUGAAAUUGUAAGCUUUGGGUACAAUCAUAUGCCAAGGUUUUUUGAUGAUAAGACAAAGAAAAUAAUGGAUUCUGAUGAAGAAUCAAAACACUGGGAACAGAAAGAAGUCAAAUUAAAAUAUGUUUGUCAUGCUGAAUUGAAUGCAAUUGUAAAUAAAAAUCACAAAUCGAUGAAAAAUGGCAAGAUAUAUCAGACAUUAGCCCCUUGUGAUGAUUGCUUUAAAAUUAUAGUGAAAUCGGGCAUAAAAGAAAUAAAUUAUAACUACAACCUUCCAAAGUGGCACGUAAAAGAAUACAUGAAGAAAAUUAUUACGAUUAAUCAAGCAGCUAUAGGUAAAAUUUGUGAGAAGACACUGAAAAUUUCUGAACAGGAUAAGUGGAACCAAUAUUUUAUGCAAGUUGCGUAUCUUUUUUCGUAUAGAUGCCAUAAUAUGAAAGAUAGAAAUGGAGCUUGUAUCGUCAAUUCGGACAAUAAAAUUGUGGGCGUCGGUUACAGUGAUUGCACUGAAGAUAAAGAUCUUAAAGUUGAAUAUUGUGCCGAACUAAAUGCGUACAAAAAUUCACAACUAGGAUGUAUCGAAAAUGGGAAAAUUUAUGUGACUUCAUAUCCUUGUCAUGAAUGUGCGAAAAUAAUUGUUCAAUGUGGAAUACAAAAAUUGUUUCAUUUGGGCAGAAAAAGUUCGGACGAGGAUACUCAACAGAUGUUCAACGAAGCUAAUGUAUCUAUAAAUCCGAUGUCUGAGGAAACCGAGAAGUCGAAUUAAAACUGGAACCUAGAACUUUACUCAGUUAAAAGGUUGGUUUUCAAUAGAGGAACUAAAAUCUUUUCAGUGAACAAUAUUAUAAACAUAUGCGUUAUAAGUGUAAUCAUAAAAUGUUUUAAAUAUAUUUGGUUUCUCAAUCAGUUUAUAAAAAAAUUAAUAUUACUCUAAAGCGAAUUUCUCGUUUUCUAUACUGCGUGGCUGUUGCAAAGAUGCACUUAAUACCAUGUUUCAAACGAGUUACUUUUACUUUAUGAUAAGAGGAAGGCCAGUACAGAGCUAUUUUGUCUCUAAAUUACGUGGUAGCGUUAUAUUUGUUGUUGAAAUCGAGAUUUUGCCACCACCGGGCCAUUUGGACGUUACGACGGAGCCGUUCAGAUGCUCAUCCGACCACCCCUUAAGGUAGUUCACCGGCUGCAGUGGUGCUCAAUUAGAGUUUUUAUUACAAAAUUCCUUUUUUAAGGUAUUAUACAGUGUUAUCUAAUGUCAAAACCUUAAUAUUCAUAGUAUCAAACAUUAGAAUGGUGAUAUAAAUUGUUUAGAUUAUAAAAUA